GGGAGGACGCGCCAAUUCUCCUGCCCGAGCCUCGGCCCAACAAAAUGGCGUCGGCGUCGGCCUCGCUUUGUCUCCGUGGCUCUGGCAGCAGCAGCAGUGGUAGCGGCCUCUGAGCUGUGAGGACGAUCCAGCACGAGCUGCAGUGACUACUAAGAUCCCAGUACUUUUCGUUCAGCCACGGGCGCUGAGGAGCGCAGAACGGUACCCAAGGGGUUGCCGAAGCCAAGCGGCCGUCCGAGCCAAAAACAUGACCGCUGAGCCCAUGAGGUAAAACGCAAGCCCUUGUCACGGGCCCCGGCGUUCUGCUCCCGGGCGCCUUCCACUCGAGUGGGGUGUUUGCAAAGACGUGCGCUAGGUGCCCUAGGCCCGCGCGCGGCUUCGCGGUCAGCAGCAUCGUUUUCCCUCUAGGUGGUCGAUGCCUGCAGUGCCCAGAAGACAAUGGAGCUGAAGUUACAGGCAUUUGUGAGCUGCCUCAUGUGCGUGCCGGGAUUCUAACUCUGGUUCUCUUGAAAGCAAGUUGAAUACAUUGGUGCAGAAGCUUCAUGACUUCUUAGCACACUCAUCAGAAGAAUCUGAGGAAACGUGUUCUUCUCCACGACUUGUCAUGAACCAAAGCACAGAUAAAAUCAGUGGUUCUGGACUUAAUUCUGAUAUGAUGGAAAAUAGCAAGGAAGAGGGAACUAGCACCUCAGAAAAAUCUAAGUCUUCAGGAUCAUCGAGAUCCAAGAGGAAACCUUCAAUUGUGACAAAAUAUGUAGAAUCUGAUGAUGAAAAACCCACGGAUGAGAAUGUAAAUGAAAAAGCUGCUACUGAGAAUUCAGAAAAUGACAUUACUAUGCAAAGCUUGCCAAAAGGUACAGUGAUUGUACAACCAGAGCCAGUGCUGAAUGAAGACAAAGAUGAUUUUAAAGGGCCUGAAUUUAGAAGCAGAAGUAAAAUGAAAACUGAAAAUCUCAAAAAACGCGGAGAAGAUGGACUUCAUGGGAUCGUGAGCUGCACAGCUUGUGGACAACAGGUCAAUCAUUUUCAAAAAGAUUCCAUUUAUAGACACCCUUCACUGAAAGUCCUUAUUUGUAAGAACUGCUUUAAGUAUUAUAUGAGUGACGACAUUAGCCGUGACUCAGAUGGAAUGGAUGAACAAUGUAGAUGGUGUGCAGAAGGUGGGAACUUGAUUUGUUGCGACUUUUGCCAUAAUGCCUUCUGUAAGAAAUGCAUACUGCGCAACCUCGGUCGAAAGGAGUUAUCGACAAUAAUGGAUGAAAACAAUCAGUGGUAUUGCUAUAUUUGUCAGCCAGAGCCUCUAUUGGACUUGGUUACUGCAUGUAACAGUGUAUUUGAGAAUUUGGAACAGUUGUUGCAGCAAAACAAGAAGAAGAUAAAAGUCGACAGUGAAAAGAGUAGUAAAGUAUGUGACCAAACAUCCAAGUUUUCUCCAAAGAAGAAUAGUUCCAGUUGUAAUGGAGAAGAAAAGAAAUUAGAGGAGUCAGGUUCCAGUUCUGUAACCUCCACUUCCUCAGCACUAAUUGUGCCCAAAGAGCUGAUUAAGAAGACAAAGAAACUGAUUGAGACUACAUCCAACAUGAACUCCAGUUACAUUAAGUUUCUAAAGCAGGCAGCCGAUAAUUCAGAAAUGAGUCCUGCUAUGAAGUUACGUCAACUGAAGGCUUUUAAAUCUGUGUUGGCUGAUAUCAAGAAGGCUCAUCUUGCAUUAGAGGAAGAUUUGAAUUCAGAGAUCCAAGCUUUGGAUGCUGUACACAAGGAAAGAAAUACCAAAGAGCUUAAAAUCACAGAUGCUAAGUCUGAGACAAAAAUGAAAAAGGGGGAAAAAUCCUAUAAUACAGAAAAGAAAGAUUUUUUAAAGUUAGAUGCUAGGUCCUCAGUAAAGGCUGUAGAUAGUGAGUGCAUUCCAGGAGAAGAACACGAAGCACAUAAAAGUACUAGUGGUGAACAUAAGGGUAGGAAAGAUGGCCCUCAGUACGAACCCAGUAACAGUGCUGAGGACUUAGAUAUGGAUAUUGUGUCUGUUCCUUCCUCGGUUCCAGAAGACAUUUUUGAGAGUCUUGAGAAUGCUAUGGAAGUUCAGAGUUCAGCUGAUUAUCAAGGGGAUGGCAACAGUGGGACUGAGCCAGAACCGGAGAGUUCAUCUCUAAAAUUAAACACGUCUUCAAAAGAUAACAAAGGAAAUAUUAAAUCAAAAGUCACAGCAAAAGUAAGAAAAGAAUUAUAUGUUAAACUCACCCCAGUUUCCCUAUCUAAUUCUCCACUUAAAGGUGUUGACUGUCAGGAAGUUCCACAAGAGAAGAAUGCUCGUAAAAGUUCUGGGGUGGCCCGCAGCUCAGAGAAAUGUAGACCCAGAGAGGAGAAUAGCGAUAAUGAGCAUUCAGUUGAAAACGAUGUCACAGUACUUUUAGAAGACUCCGAUCUUCGAAGAUCCCCACGUGUAAAAACUACACCAUUGAGGCGACAGACAGAAAGCAACCCUGCUGUGUCCAAUUCGGAUGAAGAAGGUAAUGAAACCAUAAAGGAGAAACAAAAGCUGUCAGUUCCAGUAAGAAAAAAGGAUAAGCGAAACUCAUCUGACUGUGCUAUUGAUAACCCUAAACCUCAUAAGGUACCCAAAGCUAAGCAACCAGGGAUUGGGGAUCAGAAUUCAGAUUCUGAUGAAAUGCUAGCAAUCCUCAAAGAGGCAAGCCAGAUGUGUCACAGUUCUUCCUCGGACACUGACAUUAAUGAACUACCGAUAAAUCGUAAAAGUCAAAGGGGGAAAGAUGACAAUGGAAAAAGGAAACGGAAAAAUUCCACUUCUGGGUCAGAUUUUGACACUAAAAAAGGAAAAUCGGCUGAAAGCUCUGUCAUUUCUAAAAAGAAACGCCAAAACUACUCAGAGUCCUCUAACUAUGACUCAGAGUUAGAAAGAGAGAUAAAAACUAUGAGUAGAAUUGGGGCUGCCAGAAAAAGUGUUUCUGAUAAAGAAGAACAUGACUUCUCUGAAGAUGCAAAACAAAGCAAAAAAGUAGUAGAUAGCAGAGGGCAUGAGAGGGGGAGGUCCGCACAAGAGGGCUCGUCUGGUGAUGACACUGGUGAUGCUGAAGGUGGGCCGGGAGAGAGCAGCUCCCUACGACAAGGUUCAGUUGAGAAAGGCAGGAGUGUAGUGGAAUUCGGAGACAUGGUUUGUAAGAGGCAGCAGUCUGCUGUUUCCUCUGCCGGUUCUGAAAAGCCUUCAGGGAAAGAGGAGAAUGUCCACUCUCCUGAAGACAAAAGGGUUACUAAAAGUAAAGAAAAGAGGAAACAUCUGAGAACCAGAACAGGUAGAAAAGGCAAGAGUGAUGUCACUGAUAGGUUCCGGAAGAAAGAGCAGAGCUCUGAGUCUUCAGAGGGUGAAAAGAAGCAGGGCAGACAGAGAACUGGGACAAGGGGAAAGAAAAGUACAGACUUAAAGGAAGAAAAGGUGAAGAGAGAGCGGGAGUAUGAGUCUUCCUCUGAUGGGACCGAGAAAUUGCCUGAGGGAGAAGAAAUUGGUCUGUUCUCUAAAGGCAUAAAGCAGAAUAAAAAUGACACAACUGAUGGAGCAAAGAAAGGCAAAAAGUGGAAAGACAAAUCAUGUGAAAAGAAGGAAGAACUAUCUGAUAGUGUUGAUCGAUUGCCAGUAAAAGGAGAGAGUUGUGACUCUUCCGAAGAUAAGAAGACCAGGAAUAGAGUGUCUCUGAGAGAGAAGAAACAAUUUAGCUUGCCUGCAAAGAGUUCAGGGAAGAGGCCAGAGUGUUCAUCAUCAGAUACUGAGAGAUCCUUGAAAGGAGAGUGUUGUGACUCCACCGAUAAGAGAGUGAAAAGAAUUGACUUGAGAGAAAGAAGAAGCUCAAAUUCAAAGAGAAGUACCAAGGAAGUAAAGAGUGGUUCAUCAUCUUCUGAUGCUGAGGGAAGUUCAGAAGAUGCCAAAAAGCAGAAGAAACAAAGAAUGUCAGCCAAAAAGAAGACAGGCAAUACCAAGGAGAGAAAAAGAAAAUCCUUAAGAGCAACUACUACCAAAAGGAAGCAAGCAGACAUUACUUCUUCAUCUUCUGAUAUAGGGGAUGAUGAUCAGAAUUCUGCAGGCGAGGAAAGCAGCGAUGAACAGAAAAUUAAACCCGUGACUGAAAAUCUAGUGCUGCCUUCACAUACUGGAUUUUGUCAGUCUUCAGGAGAUGAAGCCUUCUCUAAAUCAGUGCCUGCCACAGUGGAUGAUGAUGACGACGACAAUGAUCCUGAGAAUAGAAUUGCCAAGAAGAUGCUUUUAGAAGAAAUUAAAGCCAAUCUUUCCUCUGAUGAGGAUGGAUCUUCAGAUGAUGAACCUGAAGAGGGAGAGAAGAAAAGAAUUGGAAAACAGAGUGAAGAAACACCAGGUGAUGAUGGCUCCAACCAAGUUAAUUCUGAAUCGGAUUCCGAUUCUGAAGAAUCUAAGAAGCCAAGAUAUAGACAUAGACUUUUGAGGCAUAAACUGUCUUUGAGUGAUGGAGAAUCUGGAGAAGAGAAAAAGACAAAGCCUAAAGAGCAUAAAGAAACCAAAGGAAGAAAUAGAAGGAAGGUGAGCAGUGAGGAUUCAGAAGACACUGACUUUCAGGAGUCAGGUGUUAGUGAAGAAGUCAGUGAAUCUGAGGAUGAACAGCGGCCUAGAACAAGGUCUGCGAAGAAAGCAGAAUUGGAGGAAAAUCAGCGGAGUUAUAAACAAAAGAAGAAAAGACGGCGCAUUAAGGUUCAAGAGGAUUCCUCCAGUGAAAAUAAGAGCCAUUCUGAGGAAGAAAGAAAGGAUGAUGAUGAUGAUGAGGACGAAGAGGAGGAAGAUGAAAAUGAUGAUUCUAAGUCACCUGGAAAAGGCAGAAAGAAAAUUCGGAAGAUUCUUAAAGAUGAUAAACUAAGAACAGAAACACAAAAUGCCCUUAAAGAAGAGGAAGAGAGGCGAAAACGGAUUGCAGAGAGGGAACGUGAAAGAGAGAAAUUAAGAGAGGUGAUAGAAAUUGAGGAUGCUUCGCCUACUAAAUGUCCAAUAACAACCAAGCUGGUUUUAGAUGAAGAUGAAGAAACCAAAGAACCAUUAGUGCAGGUUCAUAGAAACAUGGUUAUAAAAUUGAAACCCCAUCAAGUGGAUGGUGUUCAGUUUAUGUGGGAUUGCUGCUGUGAGUCUGUGAAGAAGACAAAGAAGUCUCCAGGUUCAGGAUGUAUUCUUGCCCAUUGCAUGGGCCUUGGCAAGACCCUGCAGGUGGUGAGUUUUCUUCACACAGUUCUUUUGUGUGACAAACUGGAUUUCAGUACAGCUUUAGUGGUUUGUCCUCUUAACACUGCUUUGAAUUGGAUGAAUGAAUUUGAGAAGUGGCAGGAGGGAUUAAAUGAUGCUGAAAAGCUUGAGGUUUCUGAGUUGGCGACUGUGAAGCGUCCUCAGGAGAGAAGUUACAUGCUCCAGAGAUGGCAGGAAGACGGCGGUGUCAUGAUCAUCGGGUAUGAAAUGUACAGAAAUCUUGCUCAAGGCAGGAACGUGAAGAGUCGGAAACUGAAGGAGAUAUUUAACAAAGCUUUGGUUGAUCCAGGCCCCGAUUUUGUUGUCUGUGAUGAAGGCCAUAUUCUAAAAAAUGAAGCAUCUGCUGUUUCAAAAGCUAUGAACUCUAUAAAAUCGAGGAGGAGGAUCAUUUUAACAGGAACACCACUUCAAAAUAACCUAAUUGAGUAUCAUUGCAUGGUUAACUUUAUCAAGGAGAAUUUGCUUGGAUCCAUCAAGGAAUUCAGGAAUAGAUUUAUAAAUCCAAUCCAAAACGGACAGUGUGCAGACUCUACCAUGGUAGAUGUGAGAGUGAUGAAAAAACGUGCUCAUAUUCUCUAUGAGAUGUUAGCCGGAUGUGUUCAGAGGAAAGAUUACACAGCAUUAACCAAGUUCUUGCCUCCAAAACAUGAAUACGUGUUAGCUGUAAGGAUGACUGCUAUUCAGUGCAAGCUCUAUCAAUACUACUUGGACCAUUUAACGGGUGUAGGCAAUAGCACUGAUGGUGGAAGAGGAAAGGCUGGUGCAAAGCUCUUCCAAGAUUUCCAGAUGUUAAGCAGAAUCUGGACCCAUCCUUGGUGUUUGCAACUGGACUACAUUAGCAAAGAAAAUAAGGGCUAUUUUGAUGAAGAUAGUAUGGAUGAAUUUAUAGCUUCAGAUUCUGAUGAAACUUCUAUGAGUUUAAGCUCAGAUGAGUAUACAAAAAAGAAGAAAACAAAGGGGAAGAAGGGGAGGAAGGACAGCAGCUCAAGCGGGAGUGGUAGUGACAACGAUGUUGAAGUCAUCAAAGUCUGGAAUUCAAGAUCUAGAGGAGGUGGAGAAGGAAAUGUGGAUGAGACGGGAAACAACCCUUCAGUUUCUCUGAAGCUAGAUGAAAGUAAAACUACUUCCACUUCUAACCCAAGUAGCCCAGCUCCAGAUUGGUACAAAGAUUUUGUUACAGAUGCUGAUGCUGAGGUUUUAGAACAUUCUGGGAAAAUGGUACUUCUUUUUGAAAUUCUUCGAAUGGCAGAAGAAAUUGGGGAUAAAGUUCUUGUUUUUAGUCAGUCGCUCAUAUCUCUGGACUUGAUUGAAGAUUUUCUUGAAUUGGCUAGUAGGGAGAAAACAGAAGAUAAAGAUAAACCUCUUAUUUAUAAAGGUGAAGGAAAGUGGCUCCGAAAUAUUGACUAUUACCGUUUGGAUGGUUCUACUAAUGCACAGUCAAGGAAGAAGUGGGCUGAAGAAUUUAAUGAUGAAACCAAUGUGAGAGGGCGAUUGUUUAUCAUUUCCACUAAAGCAGGAUCUCUUGGGAUUAACCUGGUAGCUGCUAAUAGAGUGAUUAUAUUUGAUGCUUCGUGGAAUCCAUCUUACGACAUCCAGAGUAUAUUCAGAGUUUAUCGCUUUGGACAAACUAAGCCUGUUUAUGUAUAUAGGUUCUUAGCUCAGGGAACCAUGGAAGAUAAGAUUUACGAUCGUCAGGUAACAAAGCAGUCACUAUCUUUCCGAGUUGUUGAUCAACAGCAGGUUGAGCGUCAUUUUACCAUGAAUGAGCUUACUGAACUUUAUACUUUUGAGCCAGACUUAUUAGAUGACCCUAAUUCAGAAAAGAAGAAGAAAAGGGAUACCCCCAUGCUGCCGAAGGAUACCAUACUUGCAGAACUUCUUCAGAUACAUAAGGAGCACAUUGUAGGAUAUCAUGAACAUGAUUCUCUUUUGGACCACAAAGAAGAAGAAGAGCUGACUGAAGAAGAAAGAAAAGCAGCUUGGGCCGAAUAUGAAGCAGAAAAGAAGGUAUUUCGUUCAAAAUGCCUUUUCCCUGGAGAUAGAUGUUAGGGGAAAGGGAGAAGCUUAACAGG